AUGGCAGAUCCAGAGUGCUCGGCCGACGCUUUCCCCACUCCUCGCUCUGCGAGCUUCAGCAGAGAUGGGCCGCCGAUGAACAAGAACAUGACCAUGACCAUGAUGGUGUCGAUGCCUCGUCACACGCCUCCGCCCGUGCAUAAUCCCAGGGCAUCUGUCCCGCGGACGCCGCAGGAGUGGAAUGCCCUCCGUGGCGUGAUAACGCGUUUAUACCGCGAUCUGGAGUUGCCUCUCAAGGACGUCCAGCGCAUCAUGGAGAUGGAGUAUAAUUUCAAGGCUACAAAGCGCAUGUAUAACACCCGACUCAACCAGUGGAAUAUCCGCAAGAACUAUCGUGCCGAGGAGAAGGAACUUCUGGCGGCUCGCAUCACUCAAGCCCACCUCCAAAACCGUCCCGUCUCGGAGCUCACUUUCAAAGGCCGUCCGAUCAAACUGCACCGCGUGCUGCGACAUAUCAGAGACCCGAAGCGCGGUAAAGCUUUUCGGCAGAAGCGCGGGUUACCUUUGCCGACUCACACCGACGACGACGGUGGGAGUUCAUCCGAUUCCUCUGCGUCAGAUCUCGUCCGAGACGACAUGCUCCGCGCCGUUUCGAGCGGCGGGUCGAGAGGAUCAUCCUCCACGCCGCUAGGUUCGGGCAAUACGACGUCCAGCUUGCUCACGCCUUCGUCGUCAGAGUCAGACGAUGAUGGAGAGCCCUUUGAGAUCAUUCAGCGUGACGAGUUGCAUGCCGAAACCCCGGCUCCGAGUCCACCAAUAUUCCCACCAAAGGACAGGGUCAACCUGGAACUCAUUCUGCAUGAGACACGGUCAUAUUACCUUGACGUUAUGGGCAACGACCCCGUCAGUGAGACAAUCGGCAACCACAUCCAUGUCGUGGACACGGCCACCACGGUCUUUUGGUCAAACGUCAAGUCCGGCAUUUACUUUCUCAAGAAGCAAGCUCCAACACUGGCGUGGCCGUUGUUGAACGAAGCUUGUGUGUUGGCGGGGGACAUAUUCUCGCAAACGCCGGUUUUGUUUCUGAACAGCGUCUUCACUGUGCUCUCACCGAUCAACACGAGAGUCUAUCCGCAGGUGCGGAGCACGCUGCUGAGGUAUCUGGCAAGCAUGGCGGCGAUCAAGCUGAAAUCCAGGCACCAUCCGUUAGCUGUCGUGUGUCGAGAGAUUGCACGGGACAACGAGCGAGGCGAGGCCUCCGAGGCGGCAUUGAACCUCACCCUGGCAUUGUUCACGCAGAACCUGGGCCGCGAUCACAGCACCACCUUCGCCGCGCAUCGCUCGCUGAUUAGCCUCCUGCGACGCGGUAAGCGGCUCAACGCAGCCAAGCAGGAGGGUGAGAACCUGGUUCAGGUGACGGAACAAGCGCUGCUCUCGCGCUCGGACGUGAACAUCUACCAGCGCCGCCCGGCGGCCGUCGUCAUGGUGGACCUGUGUGCCGCCCUCACGGAGCUGGUGCACGUCCACAUGGACAUGGGCCAGCACGAUGUGGCGCGGAGGCUGUGUUCGUCCGUGAUCCGGAACUACCAGACCAUCCAGGGCGUCAAUUUCCCCGACACCAAGGCCGCCUAUGCCAUGGAGGACAUGGCCGAGCUGAGCUGUGCCAUCGGCGACAAAGCAGACGCGGCGUACUGGCUGGCGCAGGCGCUGGACGCGUCGUCCAUGCUCCGGGGCGACGCUGAUGCCGCGACGCAGCACAUCAGAGACAAACUUGGGCAGCUGGAUGGAGAGGCAGACCAGGCAGGCCUGGGUGGUUUCCAGGGUGUACAUGCCUAG